UGCGGAAAGCAGAGAGGGAGGGGCCUUAGAGAUGGCAGCCAAUCAGAGGCCGGGAAGGGGAAACCGUCAAAUUAUUUGAAUUCAGUCUCGCCUGAAGGAGUGACAGGGAAGUUUUGUUUGAGGGAUUGCUUUUGUCUUCAUAGCGGUGGAAUAACUAACAGAAUCCCAAAAUAAUAGAGUGGGCCAUCCAGUCCAACCUGCUGCUAUUCAGGUAAAGCUCAAUCAAAGCACCCCUGAAAGAUGGCCAUCUAACCUUUGUUUAAGGAAGGAGCUUCCACCACACUCUGAGGCAGAGAGUUCCACUGCUGAACAGCUCUUCUUAAUGCUCAGGUGGGAUCUCCUCUCCUGUCAUUUGAACCCAUGGCUCCAUUGAGUCCUAGUUUCCAGGGCAGCAGAGAACAAGUCUGCUUCCUCCUCCUUGUGACAUCCCUUCACAUCUUUAUACAUGGUGAUCAUGUCUCCUCUCAAGCAGGAAAAGAGAUUGAAAUAAUGGGCUUAAAGCCAACCUUAAAAACUGUGGCAUAGACACCGAGAGAGAACUGGGAAGUCAUGGCCCUUGAGUGCUCUAAUUGGAGGUCAGCUGUGACCAGCAGUGCUGUGGAAUUCGAAGAGGCACAAAUGAAGGACAAAAGGGAGAAACAUGCCAAGAGGAAGAUGGCGCAUCAAGCCAACCCUGACCGGGACCGCCUUCCAUCUGGAAACAGAUAUCCUCACUGUGAAAGAACAUGCGGGUCAAGAAUAGGUCCCCACAUCCACCUAUGUACUACGCUUGGAGGGCCAUCAUCCUCGGAUAAUGAGGGAUCGCCUAAGUAAAAAGUAGAUUAGGUUCUUCAAUACACCAUUGAACGGACAAGUACAACCGCUGCCCAUGCCGUGUGGCAUUUUGGACAGUCCAUCGGACCGAGGGGCAGUACUUGAACUGUAAUAUUACGGAAGGCAAAAAAAGAAGUGCCAGACACACUAGCAGUCAUUCUGUUGGGAAUUUCAUAUUACACAGCAGUGAUGGAACUGAAAGCCAGAGCAUCAAAAGCGAAAGGAAAAGGAAAGGGGACCCACUGGCGGUUCCAUGAAAUCCAAGAUUUGCUUGACAUUUGGGGGGAGAAAAAAGUGCAGGAUGCACUGAGAGCGGUCCAUAAAAACAUAGAUGUGUUUGAAGGAAUAGCAGAACAGAUGCAGGAAAGGGGCCACAGACGGACUGCUGAAGAGUGCCGCUACAAAACGAAGACAAUGAGGCUCGAGUACAAGAGAGUACAGGAACAUAAUAAAUGCUCGGGAAAUGCUCCAAGAACAUGUGCCUUUUAUGCCGAGCUGGAAAACAUUCUCAAAGUAGAUGCAAGCAUCUACACUCCCAGGAUCUCCAGAAGUUGUCCAGUCCGAAGAGAGGAACUUCCUCUGACCCAAGAUUUGGAUGCAAACACUUCGGAAGAGACAUGUUCCCAGGAGUCAGUACUGGAUUCACAGGCUACUGGUCCUUCACUGAUUACAGCGGAAGGAAUGGAAGACAAUGAGGAAGAUUCCUUAUUACUUCUCCUCAAAGAAGCCAAUGGAGAGGUUUUGGAACCAGUGAACAUCCAUGUUCCCCCUGCCCUUGUGGGAUCGCCUUCAGUGACACCCGUAACAAGCGACGCUGAAGAUGAGGGAGAACCAGAGACCCCAAACCACAGCGAGCAGUCACCAAAACAAGAAAGAGAGGAUCCCCUGGCAAAGGCAGCACGCUCUCCUGGCAAACGUUUACAGAAUCUAAGGACCAGAAAACGAGGUCGACGGGGUGAAAAUAUCGCUAUGGCAAUCAUGCAGAAUGCUAACGAGCAGGCCAAACUGCAGCGCGAAGCCAUGCGCGAGGACACCGCCAAGGACAGGCAGAUACUUCUUAGCUUUUUUCAUUACUUUGAGGAGGAGAGUAGAGCGUCCCAACAGAGGUUCGACGCAAUCGAGAAACUGAUACGUGACGUUUUGGAACAGUCGCGAGUGGAGAGGCAGUGUUGCACGCAUACUACAACUUGCUGUAACAGAGCAGCAGCGCAAGAGCCACAGGAUUCCGUGUCUAGAUCUCCGUCCGGAAGUAGACAUCGAAUUCCACCACCCAGCCAGACUGAUCUUGACAUGGCCAGUACUAGUGCGGUUAGCCAGGUACAACCACUCCUUGAUCUUUUCAGGGGAGUGAGCCAAGGAGAGACUCCCUCCAUCAGCAACCCUGUCACAGCAUACAUUUCGGAACCAGCACCUGCAUCCAGCCAGCUGGCUGUGGCACAGAGAGAGCUGUCUGAUGCCUUGCAUGCCGAGGACACAGAGGGGACAAGAAAGAGUGAAAGGGAAAAGAAGAAAAAGAAACCGUACAGCCCCUAGUUAUUUGUGUUUACUAUACUGGCAUGCAUUUUGUAUUUUCUGAUUGGUUACAGCUGCAGGCAGACAUAUGAAGUUCUAAGCAUUAUAUUGUGUUCCUUUUGUUGCUGAUACAGUUUUUAGUUCAGAGGAAAAACUAUUCUGGUUGCAAUUCCUGGAGUGGUUAAGGAUUGAUCACUGUGAAAGCAAUGUGAGCGACAUCCUUUCUACGUUCUACUAGGAAGCAGUCCUAUGUUAUUUUUUAUGUUUGUUUCUGUGUUCCAAAAAGUUUUGUAGCAAUAUUUUUCAAAUUGAAUUAAAAAUCACUGUUUUAUGA